ACAACGCCUGCGCCUCCGUUUUAAAGUUGAUUCAACAUACCGGGGAAACCCCAAUACCUAAAUAUAGCGCAUACUGCAAAUAGAUCAGGUAGGGUCUGGCUAGAGUACUUAACAGGCAAGUCACCGUCGCUUUCUUGGACAAAACAUACACUGUUGUUUCUUCGUUAUCCCCAUUACACUAGAUUCAACACCUCGAGAAGGUUCUAGAGCACAAUCUUUGCAUACCAUCUUUAUCUCUGAAUUCGCCUUGCUGGUAAUCUUUCUCUUGCCAGAGAAAAUACCCCAGAGCCCAGGACACGACUAAAGAAAGAGAUCGUGCAAUGGCGGACAACUCUCUCAACCCGAUAGCGUUGCGGGAGUUACAUUCCAAAGACCAAGGACAAUUACUCGACGACAUCGACCGUCUCCGUUCACAAGGUGUCAGCAACUACAUUGACUUGCCACAACUUAUCGUUUGUGGAGACCAAUCUUCCGGAAAGAGCUCGGUUUUGGAGGCCAUCUCACUUGUGCGCUUUCCUACCAAAGAUCAUCUGUGUACACGUUUCGCCACCGAGUUAGUUCUCCGGAGAACCUCCAACGUUCAUGCUGCCGUCACCAUCAAGCCAGGGCCUUCCCGAAGUGAGGCAGACCGAGCACGCCUCCUUGAGUUCAAUGAGCCUUUUACCUCAGGUGAUGAUCUCCCCAAUCUGAUCGAAUCAGCAAAGAAAUUCAUGGGGCUAUCACUACAUUCUUUUUCCGAGGACGUACUUCGCGUAGAGAGCUCUGGCCCUGACCGUCCCCACCUGACGAUUGUCGAUCUACCCGGAUUGAUUCACGCCAAUGGUCGACAACAAAGCACCGUCGAAAUCAACAAUGUCUCAAAGAUGGUUAAAGGCUAUAUGUCCAAUCCGAGAAGCAUCAUCCUAGCCGUUGUCUCUGCCCAAACAGAUUUUAGCAACCAGAUUGUCACAAGGCUGGCAAGGGAAGUCGAUCCUAACGGCACACGGACGCUUGGAAUCAUCACAAAACCGGACAUUCCGCCUCGAGGCUCAGACAGUGAAAAGGCGUGGAUCGGCGUCGCUAAGAAUGAAGAAGUUGAUUUCCGCCUGGGUUGGCAUGUACUAAAAAACAGAGAUUACGAUUCCCAAGGUGCCAGUUCUGCAGAGAGGGAUCAAAAAGAAUCUCAAUUCUUCUCGCAAGGUGCAUGGUCUGAGUUACCCCGAGAGUCGGUGGGUAUCUCUGCAUUGAGGACCCGCCUCAACAAGGUGUUUUUACAGCACAUUUGCUCGGAUUUGCCAGCUGUGGUAAAAGAAAUCAUGGCUGAGCUUCGUCAAUGUGAACAAACACUGUCGAAACUUGGAGAUCCUCGGCCUACGGCAAAGGAACAACGCACCUAUCUUACGUACAUCAGCCAAACAUUCCAGCAUCUAACAAAAGUCGCUGCUGAUGGAACAUACAACGACACGUUCUUUCGCCAGACGAAUGUACCUGGCGGGGACACGAAGCGUUUGAGAGCCGUUGUACGCAACCUCAACGACGAAUUUGCUGAUGAAAUGCAGAGGCGCGGCCAUUAUCUGCAAAUCCUCCCUGAAGAUGGCCAGCCUUAUGCCUUCGUCACAACUCCCGGUACUGGUGGCACAGUGUCUCGGCAAGAUUAUCUCAAUGAAAUCCAGGGAAUGGCGCGCAGGAACCGGGGCUGUGAGCUCCCUGGCACUCUAAGCUCCCUUCUUACAACAGAUCUCUUCCACCAACAGUCACAACCCUGGGAAGAUAUAGCUGCUCAGCACCUAGACAAGGUGUGGGCAUCGACCAAAGUGUUCCUCGAACUCGUUAUGGAGCAUGUAGCAAGUUCGGAAAGCUCGGAGAUCCUUCUACGUGGAUUUAUUGAUCCAUUGAUGGAAAACCGACUCAAAAUAAUCCAAGAGAAGCUCGCCGAGGUCCUACGACCUUAUAAGCACGGUGCUCUCAUCACAUUGAAUCGCCACUAUGCGGGUACUGUCGAGGCUGUCCGUUUCGGCCGGACCAGAGCCAAGAUGGUUGGUACUCUGAACAACUAUCUCGACGGCGGUUCAAAAGCAGGAAAUUUUACGAUGGAAGAUGUGGCCGAUGAUCUGUUGUCUUCUGAUGGAGAGCAACGAAUGUUCGCAGAAACCUGCUCUGAUAUUCUCGAUCGCAUGGAAGCGUAUUAUGAGACGGCUUUGAACGUGUUCGUGGACAACGUGGCAGCCCUCGUGAUUGAGAACUGUCUUCUUUCAGAACUACCUGAACUCUUUUCCCCCGCCAUCGUGGCAGGAAUGGACGAUGAGCAGCUUGAGGUAUUGGCGGCAGAAUCACAGCAAGUCACAGCCGAGCGAGCACAGUUGAACCGAAAAAUUUCUGUUCUCAAAGAAGGGCUCCGUACGUGCCGCAAGCAUGUACCCAGAGAGCAACAGACAAUUCCUCAAAGAUUUUCUACUGUAAAGAAACAAAAUUCAAACACUUCCUCAUCUCCAGAGACCACCGCGGCUUCCAUCACAUCAGAGCUCAACUCAAGUCGACUUACGAACAACACUUCGACCUCGUCCGCCGGAUCAUCUCGCCGGAGCUCACCAAAUGGGAGCAUCUUCGAUGAAGCCUCGAAUUCUUCCACUACUGGUACCAGUUCGGCUUCGACGGCAAGCAGUGCUCCGAGCCCGAGAGUGACAAGUUUUUCGGUUCCUGGUUUGAACGAAGAACUGCUUAAGAAGAAAUCAACAGCAGGCGAACUUUGAGGUAUCAGGAAGGCUUUAACAAGGUACUUUGCACUUGUUGCGCUUGGGCUAUAUGUUUUGGUUUUCGAUUUAAAGUUUUCCUACAUCGAUCGAAAGCUCUACCAUCAUAUAUAGUUGUCUUGAAUUUCAUUUGAUUUCCAAAAACUGUCCAGGCC